AUGGAGUACAAUCAGCGAUCGCAACGAGCAUUCAACUUUCCUUGUCUCAAGGCGUCCGAGAUACCUGCUAUGCUAAAUGACUUGAAUAUUCCUUUUACAGAAGAAGACGUUAAUAAACCAAAUCCAGUACGCUUUCAAACAGCACUUGAAGUGUUUGCAAAUGGCCUAUUGGGUGUAACGCUCAAUGGCUGUCGACCGCAGAUAGACAGCGCAUUGGAAGGAUUCGAUUAUCGAGAACUUCAUUCUGAAUCAACAGCACAACUAGCAUUCGCUUAUUCUCUUCGAAAGUUAAUGGCAGCUGCGGGAAUAGAUGACUACUGUAUAAGAGAUGUAUUGAAACCGGAACCUGGCCGAGUUCGAAUGAUUCUUAGUGGGAUCAUUAAUUUUGCAAGAUUUCACGAGGACAACAUAUAUGUGCUUCAAGCUUACAUGGAUGAAUCGGAAAAUGUGGAAAUCGAACACCAAAAUGAAUGUCGAAGACGCCAAGAGCUUAUAGAUCAGCUUGGCCUGAUAAAAUUACAGCACGUCGAAGAGGAACCAGCUGCACGGCAAUUUAAACAAGCCAAUAUAGAAUUAGGAAACGAAUUGAAAGGAUUGAAGCGACAGCAGAACUCGCUGUCUGGAAGUAUUGAGAAUAUGAAGAAGAUUCUUCUCGAAACUGCAGAUAAAUUACAAGCGAAUCGUAUGGAGACUUUAAAGACGCAACAAGAUAUUCACCGGCUCGAAGCACGUAUAGUUCAGUCAGAUCCCGAGGAGCUAAAAUCGACAAUAAAAGAUUUGGAAAAUGGUUUGGCUGCGGAUAAAGCUGCUUGCUCUGAAUUGGAAAAAAAGCUUCGCAAGCUUCAGCUUAAAGUGGCUCGAGUAAAUUCGAUCCAUGAGGAAAUAAUAUCAUGUGACAAAUACAUUGAUGACGUAGAAAGUGAGAGGGCAAAACGCGAUAAAGCAAACAAAGCUAUCCAACAAAGUCAGGAUCGUCUUGCACACUGUCAAUUGAUGCUACGCGAUAAAGAAACCGAAGAGAAAUCUGCGCAUAAGACUCUGGAUAUGAAUAAAGAAAAGUUGCAACGAUUGCAACAGCGAAGGCAAAGUAUGAGGGAUAAGCAUCAAAAAAAAAUUGCAUCACUUGAAGAGGAGUAUAAACAAGUUAAGGAACGGGAAGCGGCCAGUCGGGAGCUGAUGAAGGCUAUGGAAGAAGACUGGCAACAAAGGCUGGCAACAAUCAAUGUUCGGUAUUCACACUUUAAAGCAGCUACACAAAGCUAUCUUCGUGACAUCUUGCGUUUAUUGAAUAGCUAUGCGCUGUUCAACAAAGAAGAAGUUGAUGUUUAA